CUCCUCCCCACAAUGUCUCUCAACCACUCUGCCGCUGCCGCUGCCGCUGCUCCAUCAUCCAUGGAUGCUGCAGGUCGCAUCCACAAUGCACUGCAAUCUGGUUCUGCGGCACUCAUGCAUUUCCGAGACAACUUCAUUUGCCACGCGGUUAACAAAAUCAACUCCAGAGGGUUCUGGUUGGGAGAUGACCCACUUGCCUUCUCUGUCCCUCUCUUCUUGCUCCAGCUUUUCCUCAUGUUCAUCUUCACCCGCUUCAUCUACUACAUUCUCAAGCCCUUCGGUCAACCUUCUUUUGUUUCCCAGAUUCUUGGUGGUGUAACUCUAGGUCCUUCUAUUCUUGGGCACAGCUCAGCAUUCGCCGACAAGGUUUUCCCACCAAGAGGAAGAAAUUUGCUUGAUACCAUGGCAUUUUUUGGGUUCAUGUUGUUCAUCUUCAUACUUGGGGUAAAGAUAGAUCCAACCAUCAUUUUUAGAUCAGGGAAAAGGACAUUUACCAUAGGAAUUUUAGGCUUCUUCAUUCCUUACACUCUUGCCGGAACGGCUGUCUUCAUCCUCAACCAUGUUGCUUCACUGGAUGAAGAUAUCACUAAUGUACUUCCUACUGUGGUGGCAAUUCAAUGUAUCACAGCUUUCCCAGUAAUUUCUUGCUUUCUUGCUGAACUUCAAAUACUCAAUUCGGAGAUAGGGCGGUUAGCCUCCUCUUCUUCACUAGUGAGUGACAUGUGCUUCUGUUUAGUCACGACAAUGAAGUUUGCUACAAAAUUAUCCUCCACGAAGUCAAUAGGAGUAACUAUUGGAUCUUUCAUAUCCACCAUUCUUCUCAUGUUGUUCAUUGUGUUUGUGGUUCAUCCAGCAGCAUUAUGGGCUAUACAACACACGCCAGAGGGGAAACCUGUUCAGGAAAUUUAUAUUUGUGGGGCUCUUAUAGCACUGCUAUUCUGUGCACUCAUGGGUGAAGUCAUUGGUUUGAAUGCAAUUGUUGUAUCUUUCUUGGUGGGGCUUGCUAUACCAGAUGGGCCUCCUUUAGGAGCAGCAUUGGUAGACAAGCUUGAUUGUUUUGUUUCAGUAGUGCUCAUUCCUAUCCUUUUUGCUGUAGUUGGAUUAAGGACAGAUGUUUAUGCCAUUCAGAGGAUGAAGAAUUUGGGCAUAAUUCAGUUGAUUAUUUUCAUUGCAUUUUUUGGGAAAAUUGUAGGGGCUUUAUUGCCUCUCCUUUUCUGCAGGAUGCCGUUUCGAGAUGCGAUUUCUCUUGGUCUCAUAAUGAACUGCAAAGGCACUGUUGAGCUGGCCUUGUUGAUUGACAUGAAGUUAAGAGAUGCUUUGAAUGAUGAAUGCUUUGCAAUUCUGGUUCUUACUUUAGUGCUUGUGACUGGCAUUGUGUCACCUAUUGUGAAAGCUUUAUAUGAUCCUUCCAGGAGGUUUCUUGCUUACAAAAGGAGGACAAUUUUGCAUCACCAUAAUGAUGAAGAGCUGCGAAUUCUAGCUUGCAUCCAUAAACAAGAUAAUGUGUUGGCUAUUUUGAACCUCCUUGCUGCUUCCAAUCCCACUGAAGCAAGCCCCAUUGACUUGGUUGUGCUACAUCUUGUUAAACUUGUAGGCCGAGCUUCCUCCUUGCUCGUUUCGCAUGUGCCGCGUGAAAAGCUUAGCCAACGUCCUACUCAAAGUGAGAUUAUCUUCAACUCAUUCAGCAAAUUUGAACAUGCCUACAGGGGAAAGGUAACACUGCAUUGCUAUAAAGGCAUAUCUCCAUAUGCUACAAUGCACAAUGAUGUGUGCUACUUGGCACUUGAAAAGAGAACAACUUUCAUCAUCAUACCUUUUCACAAGCAGUGGAUAAUUGGAGGGAUGACCGAGUCAUCUUUCGCCUACAAGCAACUCAACAAGAAUGUUCUAGAGAAAGCUCCUUGCUCUGUAGGAGUCCUCAUUGAUCGCGGUAGUCAGAAAAAAUUCUGGUGUGGCUACAUGAAUGAAUCAAUAUACCAGGUUGCUGUGAUCUUCUUCGGAGGCGUAGAUGAUCGAGAAGCGCUCGCGUAUGCAAGAAGAAUGUUGGAUCAACCUAAUGUACAUAUCACUCUCUUUUAUUUUUCAUCUCCAAUAGAGAUGGUUGGUGGCACAGAGAGGAGCAAAAUGCUUGAUACACAGAUCUUGAGUGAGUUUAGGCUAAGUGCUUUCAGGAAUGACAGAGUUUCUUACAAAGAAGAGUUGGUGACGAACGGAAGGAACGUGCUUUCGGUUAUGGAACACAUGGAGAGCUUCUAUGACCUUGUUAUGGUUGGGAGGAGACAUGCAGAUUCACAGUUGAUGUCUGAACUUAGAAAAUGGAAGCAAGGAGAGUUGGGAAUUGUGGGAGAGAUUCUUAUCUCUUUGAAUAAUGGAGCCAAAACAUCAAUUUUGGUGGUACAACAACAAACCAAAUUUUGGGGAUCACGUGAUCCAGAGGAUUGCACAAACUUGAGAAGAGAAUUAUAUAGCAACAUUUAGGAUUUGACUGCAGCAGUCAUAUGUAUAGAGAUUUAGUAUUUUGUUUUUGUAUCUAGAACAAUAUAUUUCUGAAUUGACCAACGAAAUGAAAGUUGUUAUGCAUCUAGCUUUCAUCUAGGAGAUAGUUGUUUUAAGAAAUAUUUACACAAAAUGAUGUCAAAUAUGAUACUGUUGA